AUGGAUUCCCAUCCGUAUAUGAAUUUAAAUUUUGUUGAUCUUCUUCAAACUCAACAAGAUUCUGGCGUUGGUUCAGAAUCCUCACCUAUUCCUUUAUUUGGGAUGCAAGCAACCGAAGGUUCAAACUUCGAACCAGAAAGUCCUGUGGAGAGUAAAGUAAGACGCACGUGGACUCCAACACAUGACAAUGUCCUCAUCAGCUCAUGGUUGAACACCAGUAAAGACCCUAUCAUUGGGAAUGAGCAACGGAAUGAUGCUUUCUGGAAGAGGAUAGCAGCCUACUACUCGGCUAGUCCUAAAAUCGCUGACUGCGACAGAAGAGGGGCAUCACAGUGUAAGAAUAGGUGGCACAAAAUCAACGAAGCAGUGGGGAAGUUUUGUGGAGCUUUUGAAGCAGCGACUCGUUCUAAAACCAGUGGGCAGAACGAGACUGAUGUUCUCAAACAUGCCCACGAAAUCUUCUUCAACAACUACAAAAAGAAGUUCAUAUUAGAACAUGCUUGGAAAGAGCUAAGACAUGACCAGAAGUGGUGUGAUCUAUCUUCGCCUUGCGCUCAAGGAGAUUCCAAAAGGAAGAAGCUUGAUAACGGUUCGCAGUCAGGGUGCUCUGUAGCUGAUGAAGCAGGGACUCGACCCCCUGGUGUUAAGGCUGCAAAAGCCCGUGGGAAGAAACCAAUUGUUGAGGGAAAAGACGUUGGUGAGCUUCAGGUAAUGUUGGUUAAGAAGGAGAAGAUGUCCAAGAUGAAGCUUCUGGACAGGUUCAUGGCUAAACAAGAACCUCUAGAUGAUGAUGAAAUAGCUCUGAAGAAGAAGUUAAUUAAGGAAUUGUUGCUGUCUAAUUAG